CACAUUGAAAACUAGACUGCUCUGUUUCAUGAUUGAUUAAAUAUUAUUAUAUGUCAAUGAUCACCAACAUAGAAUAGAACGAAACUUUUUCUAUAAUAACAAUUUUUCCAAUAAUUGAGAUAUGAUUGGAAGUUUGUCUAGAACUUUAGUUGUUCUUUCAACACUUGUUUGUUAUACUGUAAAAUGAGAAAAUGAAACUAAUAGAUUUGUCAUUUGUGGUCAUUCACAGAUAGAAUAUAGAUCAUACACCAUGUGUAAAAUAAUGAUGCCUAUGACUUAAUCUUGUAGAUCAUCAAAAAAAAACAUUUCUUUCUUUUUCUAGGAUAAAUUAUUUAAUCUAAAAUGUUUCUCAUUAAAAUCGUUCUUUCGAUUUAAACAAUAUGAUAAAAUUGUAUCACUUCUUCGUCGUAUGUCAAAUCUGGAAAAAUUAACUUUAUAUCUUCCUAUAAAAGGUCGAAAUAGAGUUAUUGAUGGUACUUAUGUUCAACAUGAUAUUUUGGAUUAUAUGCCACAACUUCAUUCAUUCAUUUUCUAUAUUUGUACUUAUGUGGAAACGGUUGAUUUAUCCUACAAGUUCUCUAGUGAAGAUAUUCAACAAACAUUAACAAAUAUUGGACAACAACAUGCCAUUAGUAUGGUCAAUUAUAUUCAUAGUCACAGAGCUGCAUGCUCAAUUUUCUCACUUCCUUUUCAAUUUGAUUAUCUCAAAGAUCUUGGCAAUAAAUUUCCAAAUAUUCUAUUCAGUUAUGUUACGCAUUUACUUGUGCAAGAUACUGAUCCAUUCGAACAUGAAUUCUUCAUGCGAAUUGCCCGAUCGUUUCCAUUACUGAAACAUUUACGUAUUAUUAAUGUAGAACCACAGGCUAAUAAUAGUUCUCAAAUAUAA